ACUGCCAUCUGUUCUUCUUCAUCAGACAGCUAAAGCUCAAAGCUUUGCUCCCACUUUCAUGGAUACACACAUACUGCGUCUUUCCUCUUCAUUUCAAUUCAGACCCAAAAACCCCAUUUUCUCCAAACCCCAACCCUUCGUUUCUCUCUAUAGAACCUCCCCUUUCUCCUUCAAGGUGGAGGCUAGCAGUAAAAGGAGCAGCGGCGGCGGCGCGGCGUUUGACGAGGCGGCUUACGAGGCAGAAAGGCUCCGGCUCGACGCGGCGGCGCGAGACGCCAUGGCCGAGGCCUCCGAGAGAGAAGCCCAAAACGAGAACGACCCGAAGGCGUGGAAAUGGGCGAUCCGGAAACGGAUUUGGGACUUGAUGGAGGCUCAGAAUAUUGCCCAAUUUCCCAGGCCCGUUCAUCAUCGAAUACCGAACUUCGUUGGCGCCUCUGUUGCCGCCGAUAAGCUCAGUGAAUUAGAGGCGUUCAAAGCAGCCAAUUGUGUGAAGGUGAAUCCUGAUACUCCACAAAAACAAGUGAGGUUUCUCACACUUAAUGGAGGAAAAACGCUAUUAACUCCACAGCCUCGUCUUAGGACAGGGUUUUUCUCUGUACUCGAAUCUCAUAUGUUAAGUCCCGGUACUAUUAAAGAGGCUUGUACCUCUGCGGGGGUAGCUAAAUAUGGAAGGCCAAUUGGACUUGAUGAGAAGAUACGAGUAGAUUUAAUUGUUAUCGGUUCAGUUGCUGUGGACCCAAGGACAGGCGCUCGGCUUGGCAAGGGAGAGGGUUUUGCUGAGCUUGAAUAUGGCAUGCUGCGAUACAUGGGCGCAAUUGAUGACUCGACUCCUAUUGUCACAUCUGUACACGACCAACAAUUGGUAGACGAUAUUCCUGUUGAGAAGCUAUUGAUCCACGACGUGCCAGUUGACAUCAUAUGCACGCCAACACAAGUCAUCUUUACAAACACAACGAUCCCAAAGCCUCAGGGGAUUUAUUGGGAGAAGCUGUCCCCCGAAAAGCUCAGCCAAGUGCGAAUACUGAGAGAGUUGAAGAAUAGAAUUGAACGAGAGACGGGGAAAAAGCUCCCAUGCGGCCCGUCAGAGAAACUGCCCCCAACAGCUCAGCGGAGACGCUAACUUCCACCACUCUGGUAACUUAACAACUUAGCAUCACUUGCUAUACAAUUGCCAUUUUUACAUGUAUUGAGAAGGAUGAAAUUGUGGUUGUAAAGAGGCAUCACUUGCUAUACAAUUGCCAUUUUUACAUGUAUUGAGAAGGAUGAAAUUGUGGUUGUAAAGAGGAACAUGUUGUUUAAGGGCAUGGAGGAUGGCCUGUUUUGGUAUACGGGGCAAAAAGACGCUAGAGGAAGGGCUUGAACCUUCGACCUUGUGGUUAACAGCCACACGCUCUAACCAACUGAGCUACUCCAGCUCUUUAGUUAUUUUUAUUAUUUUUUCCUAAAUAUUGGAGUUUAAUGUGUAUGGUCAACUCACUCUUUCAAUUUAAGCAUUAUUUGGUAAAA